UCCGGUUGCAGCUCAACCAAGUAGCCUAUACACGUGGACACGAUUCCAAGACUCUUUGCAUGACCUGCUUAAUGACGAAAGCUCUGAGCCGGUGCUCUUUGGACGUGAUGCCCCACCGGUUAUAGAAAGCACCGACGAAAUUGGUAAGAUAUUUGAAAGACUAUACUAUAAGUAAAUAUGGUAUAGAACGUAAACUGACGUUCAAUAUGUGAUCAUCUGUAGGGUUGGUUGAAGCUUUAGAAGCUGUCCCAUAUGAAGGGGACAAUCUGUUUGUGGGACAGGUGUUCAAAUCAAAGAAUGACUGCAAAAUUAAGAUUGCAAUUCAUGCCAUUAACCGGAAGUUCCACUUCAAGACAAAGCGCUCAACCCCCGCCUUUAUGGUUCUAAUUUGCGUCGCCAUAGACUGUCCUUGGAGAGUGUACGCUGCACGGAUCGAUGGAACAGGGAAUUUUCAGAUAAGGCAAGCAACUUUCAGGCACUGCUGCUCGGUUGAUGCGAGGAGGAACUACCACAAGUUGGCAACAACACAAGUGAUUGGGGAGCUCAUACAAUCCCGAUUCAUCGGAAUCAAGCGAGGACCAACACCAGAAACCAUAAGAAAGAUUAUGCUGGACGACUACAACGUCAAUGUUUCAUACUGGAAAUCUUGGAGGGCACGUGAAAUUGCUAUGGAAAGUGUGUUAGGAUCUAUGGCCGGAAGCUACGCACUGAUGCCUGCAUACAUGGGCCUGCUAUUAACGACAAAUCCUGGCUCCCUCUGCGUCAUAGAAAAGACAGAGAGUGACGAUGGAGGUGUUCUUUUUAAGUAUGCCUUCAUAGCAUUUGGGGCAUCCAUCAAAGGCUACCGCUACAUGAGAAAAGUAAUUAUCAUUGAUGGAACAAGUCUGAAAGGGAAGUACGGAGGAUGUUUAAUGUCCGCUUGCGCACAAGACGGAAAUUAUCAAAUCUUUCCUCUUGCUUACGCGGUGAUGGAUAGUGAGAACGAUGAAUCAUGGGAAUGGUUCAUGAUGCAGCUUAGAACCUUUGUUGACAAUUCAGACGAGUUGGUUUUCAUAUCUGACCGCCACGGUAGCAUCUACUCUGCAAUAAACAAGGUGAGCAAUAUAAAUCAGGUCGACUGUCUAUGUUAAUAAUAUAUAUAGUAUAGUCUAAAUAUUAGUGAAAUUGUUAUGUAGGUGUUCCCCUCUGCAUCACAUGCGGCUUGCACAGUUCACUUGUGGAGGAACAUCAAGGCCCGUUUUAAAUCUAAAAGACUAGCCUCUCUUAUGUCGGCUGCAGCAAGAGCGUAUACUGUGGAAGGAUUCAAUAAGAAGUUUCUUGAUAUUCAACGUGCCAGCCCAGGGUGUGCAGGGUACUUGGUUGACAUAGGUUUCACUCAUUGGACACGCGCUCAUUUUCAAGGAGAAAGGUUCAAUAUAAUGGACUCAAAUAUUGCAGAAUCAUGGAAUUCAGUGUUGAAAGAAGCCAGAGAGUACCCCCUCAUCUCCAUGUGUGAGUACAUACGUACUACUAUCAUGAGUUGGUUUGCACUUCGCCGUGCAAAAGCUAUGGAGCAUAAGGGGGCACUAACGCCGAUGGUGCAACGCCAAGUGGAAGUCAACUUUGAGGCAUCGACAGCGUUGGCUGUAUGUGGUAUUAGCGAAACCGAGUUUCAAGUGAAGGCACAAACUGGAGAGUGUUUCUUGGUCAACCUCUUAGCUGGAACAUGUUCAUGCAAUGCAUAUGAGCAGUUACGAAUUCCAUGUCGCCAUGCAGUGGCGGCAGCUGGAAGAGCCAACAUCCCAACCGAGUCAUUGGUUGCAGCUGCGUACUUUGCGGACACGUGGCAUAGCGCGUAUGAGGCAAAGAUUUACCCAAUACCAUCUGUGGGGGGAAAAGAAGUAGGAGGAGAGUAUCACGGCGAUCUCCUACCGCCUGCGGUGAAGAGACCACCGGGGAGGCCACGAAAGGUGCGCAUUCUGUCGCGAGGUGAAGACAAGGUAUUGAUUUCCAUAUUUAAACCUCACUAUACUUUUUCACAUAACCAUAUAGUAUAGUUUCAUGCCACUGAAAUGCCAUGAUUGACUGAGAUUAUUAUGUCCAUAUUAUGAGAUACAAAUACAUAGUCUCGGUAGCCUUUCAAUAUUUAAUCUUUUCUUUAGCUUUAAGGAUUGUGGUGUGUGUUGUGUAGGCUUAGGUUCUAUGUUUGGCUUUAUGUUCGCACAGCAACUGACUAUACUAUAAUAUUCUGAUAAACAGUCUGAAUAUUGUUUCUCACAACCUCCACAUUUUCAAUUGUUGAACAGCACGCAGGACGUAACGGUUGCAGGAGAUGCACACGAUGCAGGAAAGAAGGCCAUAACAGAGCCUCCUGCCGUGGUGCGAUAUAAAAAAAAACUCUAUUAUAAGGGGGGGCUUGUGGAAGGGGGGCAGGAAUGAAGUUUUUGUUGCCUUGGCGAAAUAAGGUUUCCACGCAUCUGCGAAGAUGGGGUGAUGUUACGGAAGCAGCUAUGGUGUUUUCAAGCUUCUAAAAUACUAGUGUAUACCAAACCUGUUUGCAGCAUACACAAGUAUUUUAGAGCAUUCCAUAAGUUGGUAGUUUAAGUAUCUGUUAAUAGGUUGUCGGUGCUGUUUGUAUAUAUGGUCGCCACAAUGUAACCUUCCACUUUUGUGUAAGAUAAACGAAAAGCCCUUAUUCCCGUUAAUCUUUUGCCUUUAUCCAAACGGAAGACAUAGAU